AUGGCGGAAAAAUCGAGAUUCGAAUCAGGAUCGUCUAUCUGCGAAAAAGGGACGUUUCCAGAAAGGGUGGAGCAAAGAGCCGUGCUUAAAUUUUGUGUCGAUAUCGGGAAAACGCCAACAGAGACCCAUAAAUUCCUUAAACAGUCUGGAAAACAUUGUAAAGUGAGCCGUUCUUUAGUGUUCAAGUGGCAUAAAAGAUUUUCGGAUGGAAGGGACAGCUUACAUGAUGACACACGUGAAGGAAGACCAUCUUUCCGAGAUUGUAAUGCAGUAAAAGAGGAAGUUCGUGACGUGAUUGACAGUGAUCGGCGACUUACGGUUCGGGAAAUUGCAGGAAAGUGUGGGAUUUCAAAGACUACGGUACAUGAAAUUUUAUCUGGUGAUCUGAAUAUGAGUCGUGUUUGUGCUCGAUGGGUGCCGAGAAUUCUGACAACUGAAAAUUUGGCGAGGAGAGUCCUGCGGAGAGAUUUGGUACACGCACUUAGAAAGAAACGCCCAUAUCUAGCAGCCAACCUAGAUCAAGUGAUACUUCACCAAGAUAAUGCUCCAGCACAUAUCUCUCGACAACUCAAUUAG